CUAACCUCAAUGACGUUCGGGACAUGUCUAUUCGUACUCCUGACAUGUCACGUGGUAGUAGCUGACUACUGGUCAAUAUGGACAGAAUGGAGCGAAUGUUCCCGCACGUGCGACUCCGGGGCGGCCUACCAGCUAAGACGCUGCCUUCGUAGCAGGCGAUUCGCGCGAGGUUGUGAUGGAGAGCACAUCCGGUACUCGACAUGUAAUACACAGGAUUGUCCACGUGGGAGCACGGACUUCCGGUUGCAGCAAUGCGCUGCCCACAAUGAAGCUCGACACAUGGUGACCAGUCUGAAGUGGGUGCCCUACCAUGACUCUACAAGCCCUUGUGCCCUUUAUUGUCAGGCUGUGGGUUCGAAUACUAUCCGGAGGUUCAGUCCGAAAGUCCUGGAUGGUACAAGAUGCCAGGAUGAUGUCCUGGAUAUUUGUAUCAACGGGAAAUGCUGGCCUGUUGGCUGUGAUAAAGUUCUAGACUCCAAAAAGUACGUGGACUCCUGUGGAGUAUGUGGUGGCAAGAACUCGUGUUUAACCAAGACCGGAAACACCCAGUACCGAUGGAUCAAUACCGGAUACGGGCCUUGCUCGGAGACCUGUGGUGUAGGUUUUCAGGAACGCCGGACAGCCUGUCAGGACACCCGAACCAGACGUCUGGUCACCAGCCAAAAUUGUCAUGGAAGUGACGUCAUUGAGCGUGUCCGGCGGAAGUGCGUCAGCAACAAGUGCCUACCAAGGUGGCGUGUUGGUCCCUGGUACGACUGCACACAGACAUGUGGGGGUGGAUUUGCUUGGCGAACCGUAAUUUGUGUGGAAACAUUCCAGGACGGUACACAAAGAGUGAUGGCGGAUACAGAGUGUUCCAGCCCUAAACCAUCAACAAGGAAAUCUUGUGGAAAUAUACUGUGUCCAAAAUGGUACGCGGGGGAGUGGACGCCGUGUAGUGUCUCGUGUGGGUCAGGCUUCCAGGAUCGAGAUGUCGUUUGUCGACAUAUAGGGAUUCAGUUUUGCCAUGCCGACAGAAAACCGGUCACUAGGAAAAAUUGCUCAACUAAUAUACCUUGUUCUCCGAAAAAUGACGACGUACAGGAGGCCUACGGUGGGGAGCAGCGGGACUCAUUCUACACAGCUGACGUCAUCUAUGAAGACAACUUAGACACACAACAGUUACGAACCCCAAGGUUUGUAGUCAGUCAUUGGGGACCCUGCAGCGCUUCCUGUGGGAAAGGAUCCAGAUUUCGAUUUGUCAGGUGUAAGGUUUACCUCUCAUUCUUGAAUACAUUGACGGAUCUUCCCGACUCGGAUUGUCAAGACGCGAAGCCCCCAGAGAACGAGCCGUGUGAGGGAAACCCAUGUCUGUCUCACUUCGAAUAUCGAGCAAUCGGCGAGACCCAAUGCAGCAGGAGCUGUUUGGGAGGUGUGAAGGAAUCUAUACUCCGGUGUGUCAAUAAGUUUACGGACGAGAUAGCUCCGGAAAGGCUCUGCGCAGAAGCGGAAGCGAUCCCGAUAGAAAGGAAGGUCUGCAAUGACUUUCCAUGUCCACAAAGGUGGAAGGUCGGGUAUUUCCAGAGCUGUUCAGCGACAUGCGGAGGGGGUUUCAUGAUACGUAACGUCACGUGUGUCCAGGAGUUCGCUUCCGGAAGAAACAACAUCCUCCACCUUCCGGAUUUUAUGUGUGACCAGCCCACUCCCCCACGGCGUCAGCAUUGUAAUCGCAUCGACUGUCCGGCAAAAUGGGUCGUCAACAACUGGUCAGAGUGUUCUGUAUCUUGUGGAGUUGGCCUUCGGUCACGUGACGUGUUCUGCGUGAAGGAAAUAUCGGACGGACGGACAGUAAAUGUAACUUAUGACGAAUGUUGGAACAUUCUACAGCCGGACAGGUUUCAACAGUGUAACCGGACGAAAUGCCCAACGCCUAAAAUCAAAAGAGUUGAUGCCGUAUUUUUCCAAUUAAAUAAGAUAAAAAGGAUACGACUAAGUGUGGGAAUGAAAGCGUCAGUGUUGCCAGGAACUACAGUGAUAAUAAAAUGUACGGCAAAGGGUGUAAAUAAAAAGGCAAUACAAUGGUUCAAAGACGGACGAAGGCUUUACAUGACGUCACGAGUGAAAUUGACGCAACGUUACGCAUUAAAGAUAAGGAAAAGCCGACCGGAAGUUGAUUAUGGUGUGUAUACCUGUAAAUAUGGUAAUGUUCAUGCUAAUAUGACGCUAUCUUUCAGCACAGUGUACGAUCUUUUCCAAGAAACAGUUGUUCGGGAAUCCUACUUGUCAGAAAUGUUAGCGGAAACACGAGCCAGGAACAUGACGACUUUUCAGAAGGAUCCACUAGAUAGAACGUUACGUACUUUGUAUCUGGUAGAAGUGCCUUGGAGCGCGUGCUCAGCCACGUGUGGUGGGGGCCUUCAAAAUAGGAAUGUCACAUGUGAAAUUAUAACCAAUGACUAUUACGAAAUGUUUCCAAUGCGAACUUGCAUUAAGGCUGGGUAUCCUAAACCGGAGCUGAUCAGGAGCUGUAACCUCAUGCCUUGUACCUUUUGGAAGGUCGGUGAAUGGUCAGAGUGUCUACAUUCAAAAUGUACGAGAAACAUGUUCUCCUUGAUGGAGAGGACUGUGAUGUGUGUUUCUGAAGAGGACGAGACGGUUCCCAUCAAUUCAACCUACUGUCAAGGACCAAUGGCUGGGCCGCAUCCGAUCAGGGAGUGUAUCAACGUUAACUGUACGGCAAGAUGGAACACUUCCACGUGGUCAGACUGUAUGGGAGAGUGUGGUGAAAAGGGAUUCCGAGCCAGGAUGUUGAACUGCAUAUGGUCUAAUUCUGGUCUCCCAGCUAUGCGUCAUUGUGAAGGCAUCCGUCGACCCAGGACGAGAAAGUCGUGUAUUAAGAAGUGUUCUAAAGUGUGUACUGACGAAUCUGACUACUGUAGUAUAGUGAAGAUCAUGCGACUGUGUGGCAGCGGAACUUUCCGGACAAGGUGCUGCAAGACUUGCUCAUAACCUAACAUUCUGUUUUCUUGUCAUCUCUAUUGUUACUGAAUAUUUUAUCCAAACGACGCGACAAAAUUGUCAGUUUAAUAAUUGUCAUAUUUUGGUAAACAGUAGUCAUUUUACGAGUUUCGAAGUUAAUAUUUUAUUUCAUUCCGUAUUGUUUAAAAGAGAAAUAUUUAUUUAAGGGGUUUUACUUGACCAGGUUUUACAUCAUAACGUAAUAAAAUAUAUAUAGGAGGGCUUUAUGAUCAUACCUGAUGACGUUUGAUCUAUUUUUGUAAGCUGAAACGAACUGAUGUAUAUACAAUGGUGUAUAAUGAGUGAUGAGUAUUUAUCUUUAUAAAACUAUAUGUACUGAUAGUCAUUAUAGAUGCAAAAUAUUCACUCAGCUUCAACAGGAACCGGAUAUAACAAGGAUAAGAAUGAAAUAUAAGGUAUGCGAGAAAAUCUUUAUUUUGCUGGGAUUGGUAAUAUUGUUGUAAAUUUUGCGCCAUUUAUUAAGUUUGGCUUAGCAUCACCUUUAUUCUCAGCAUUUAACACAUAAAGACCCACCUCAAAAAAUAAAAUAUUGGUCUACGCCACAAAGCUGUUUGGAAUUUUAUAUAUGUACAGCUCAAAUCUCCUUAUUUCAUAGGUCAUAAAAAUGAAGUUUAAAGGUCAAGGACGCGCCGGAAGAUUAUUUUCAUAUAUGCAGGGUUUUACGAUUGUGCGAGGUUAGAGGUUAGGUUUAUGUAAGUGUCAAUAUGCUUAUAAAGAUUAUUUCACAAGUUUCCAGCAGGGCAUCCUAACACAGCUUAAACCUGCUACGAUUCAAAAGGCUAUGUCAAAGGUCACGUAGUCAGGUCUUCUCCAAACUCUGAAUUUGAAAGCAAUUUCGUAACAAAAACAUUUUAGAAUUCUUUAACAUAGUUUGUCUGGAUUCUACUGAUAGGGUCAAGGUCAACACUGCGAACAAUAAGAUGUCGUUAGCGUCAAUGACAUGUAACAAUGGGCGCGUUUCCUGUACAUGGUACAGUUUUUCGGGGUUGUCAGAACCCAGAGGUGAUUUCACAAACAAUUGUAUGAAGCAAUUUUCCAUCAUAAAAUUUAUAUUUGAAAGUACUUAUUUGUACUUUUGUGUCAGUGUACCAUUGUUUGUAAUGUAAUAAUGUAUUUUAUUUAUCUCAUGUUAUAAAUAUCUUUAUCUCUCACAACGGAUAGAAUAUAUAUCUUUAUCUCUCACAACGGAUAGAAUAUAUAUCUUUAUCUCUCACAACGGAUAGAAUAUAUAUCUUUAUCUCUCACAACGGAUAGAUAUGACAUCAAACUAGCUAAAUUAUGGUGAUUAUUAAUAGCUCUAAGUCUACCUGAAUAACACAGCUUUGAUUCGCGAAACCCAUUUUAAUUUCACAUUUGUCAGCAAUUUUGAACUAAAUGCCGUUCCAUUUUAAUAAUGUUGCAUUAACUAAACAAUACUUCGUCCGCGGUUAUUUGAUAAAAAUCAUUUGUUAUCCAGGGAACCUUCCCAUGUUGUGUUUUUCGCGUGUCACUAAUGUAAGAACACCUAGACCGUUAUUCAUUGGUUACGCCAGUCAGAAAUUAAUUGGAUCGUAAACAUGUCAUAAUAUUCUGUGGCAACAAGUUUACGUCACUUAUGGAUAUGCUCAACUGAUAUAUGACGUCAUACGAUGAGAAUUACAUGAAAUGAUCAGCAGCAGCAAUGUCGGAGAUUUUUUCCUUCAAUUUUUUUUCUCUGCCAAAAUUUUAUGGUGUUACUGUCAGUUGACAGCUAGUCGUAUCACAAAUCGUAUGCUUAAAUUGUUCCACUACACGAACUCUGUGUAUGGCGCGUUGUCGCCUGGAAAUAUAUAAAGUUGGUCGAUAAGAUGACCGGAAAGUCGAGCACCUCGCUGUAUUAUUAAGCAUCUAUAUUUCCCUGAACCCAAUAGUGCAUACUCAUAUCACAACAAAUUUUGCUUGCUCUGUUGACACCAACAUUUGGUCUAUAAUUCGUUCGCCGAUCGUCAUAUCUUGUCUAAUUACAACAUGGGGUCCGUCACUGUUUCUAUUAUCACUGAUAGCGCCCCCUACGAGACACUUCUCACUGACAUUUCACUUGUCACAUCUCAUAUCACUUUUCAAAAUCUGCCACAGACGUGUCCUCUCCGCGCAAUGAAACUUUUUAAAUUUUGAGCGACCCAAAAGUGAAAAUUUACAUGCUUCUAUAGUUUCUAAAUUUAUGACUGAGCUGUAUGUAGGGCCUGGUACACUUAACGAUAUUUCGUGUUCUUCAUCUGCGACCCGUGUUUAUUAACUAAGCAGACGACAGCGUGACGUCACAAACUGCGGGUAAUGUACAUGACAUGGGUGGUUUCAAAAAUGAAAUCGAUCACGCAAGAGAGAAGGCCGCAUCGACGUUUUUAAAGCAUCGACAAAAAUACGAAGAUUUCCGUGAUCAUUUCUUUCACAAUAAUUUAUAGAUAGUGUAUUCACAUUUUCCAACAACACAGAGAAAUUUUAAAACUCAAUCACUUUUCGCGAACAUGUCAGAAUUACCGAUUUGCA